AUGGAGACACUAGAAAACGAGCUGUGCUUUCCUCUCAUCAACAACUCGUGCAAGAAGAUCGUGCACUCCAACCCAGAUGCAGCCUUAGUCUUCACAGUGUUAACCACCAUCACCCUGGUCACUGUGCUCCUCAACCUGCUGGUCAUCAUCUCUAUCUCCCACUACAGGCAGCUCCACACCUGCACCAAUCUCCUCCUCCUCUCUCUGGCCGUCUCUGACCUGCUCGUGGGUGUCCUGGAGAUGCCGAUGGAAAUCCUCCUUUAUUAUGGUUGCUUCUUUUUAGGAGAUUUUGUAUGCAGCAUGUAUGGCUUUGUUAGCUUCCUAGUGAUCAGCGUCUCAGUGGGAAACAUGGUAAUGAUAUCUAUAGACCGCUAUGUUGCCAUAUGUGACCCUAUGUUUUACCACACAAAAGUCACCUAUAGACGUGUGGAGGUUUGUGUGAUUUCUUGUUGGUUAUUUUCAGCAAUACAUGCCAUCUGGAUGUCUCGAGAGUUCCUCCAGCAUCCUGACAUGUAUAAUUCCUGUUAUGGAGAAUGUGUAAUUCUUGUGAAUGAGAUUGAAGCAGCGUUUGACCUAGUUGUGACUUUUAUAGCACCUAUCAGUGUAAUAACAGUGUUGUAUAUGAGAGUCUUUGUGGUGGCAGUGACUCAGGCUCGAGUUUUGCGCUCUCAAGUUACAUCUGUGUCAGUGAAGCAUUCAGGGGCCAAGAAAUCUGAGCUCAAAGCAGCACGGACCCUGGGUGUGGUCAUAGUUAUGUUCAUCAUUUGCUCUUGUCCGUAUUACGUUUUUACUCUGUUAUUUGACUAUGGCCUCACAAACUCCUCAGGGGCUCUAGAGCUGUGGCUCAUAUAUUUUAAUUCCUGUAUAAAUCCAAUCAUCUAUGCAUUUUGUUACCCGUGGUUCUGGAGGGCUAUCAAAAACAUUGUUACACUUCAGAUUUUGAAGCCAGGCUCCAGUGAAAUGAACAUAUUGUAA